AUGGGUAAGAAGAACACUAAAGGUGGUAAAAAAGGUAGAAGAGGUAAGAACGACUAUGACGGUCCAAAGCGUGAGCUUUAUUACAAAGAAGAAGGCCAGGAAUAUGCUCAAAUAACCAAGAUGUUGGGUAAUGGUAGAGUCGAAGCCAGUUGUUUUGACGGUAACAAAAGAAUGGCUCAUAUUAGAGGUAAGUUAAGAAAGAAGGUCUGGAUGGGACAAGGUGAUAUUAUUCUUGUUUCUUUGAGAGAUUUCCAAGACGACCAAUGUGAUGUUGUCCACAAAUAUAAUUUAGAUGAAGCUAGAACACUGAAGACCCAAGGUGAACUUCCUGAGAACGCUAAGAUUAAUGAAACCGAUAACUUCGGUUUCGAAUCUGACGAAGACGUUAACUUUGAAUUUGGUAAUGCUGAUGAAGAUGAUGAUGAAGGUGAAGAUGAAGAACUUGAUAUUGAUGACAUUUAA